GCGCGGAGCGGCGCGGCGCGGCGCGGAGCGGGCGCGGCAGCAUGGGGCGGGCGGCGGCAGCUCCUGGGCUGCGGACGAUGCCCCUGUGGGGCAGCCUCCUGCUCACUGCCGGCCUUGCCCUGGACCCAGCACCGGAGCUGGAUGUCGGAGCAGCACCGGAAAGCUGCAACUGCACGGGGCCCAUGGACUUCCAGGACUUCCAGAUGGCUCCAGUCCCUGAGACCUGCUGCCUCAACUUCACCAGCUCCAACAUCACCCACCUGGACUGGGGCACCCUGGCGGGGGUCCGGGGCCUGCGGGAGCUCUACCUCUCGCACUGCAGCAUUACAGCCAUCAGCAAUGCCCAGGGAGUCACCCCUACCUUGGAGAUCUUGCACUUAAGUCACAACCAGCUGGAAAGUCUCCCCGGAAGCUUUCUGGAAGAUGCCCCUAAUUUGAAGGUCCUUUAUCUGGACAGGAACCAGCUCCAGGAGUUGCCCGGGUCCUUCCUGAAAGCAUCGACCCAGGUCCAGGAGGUCUACCUGGGCUUCAACGCUUUAACUUUCCUUCCUGCCAGCCUCCUGCAACCAUCUCUGCUCCAGCUGCAGCUCUCCAACAACAGCUGGGACUGCAGCUGUGCUCUGCUCAGCAACCUGCAGAGCCAGCCCAGCCUGGCCACCGAGGUUACCUGCCACACGCCAGAGCGGUACCGUGGCACCGACCUCUGGAGCAUCCCCCGGGAUGAGCUGUGCCGCUCGCACAGCCUCACCGCCCUCUUCAUCUGCCUGCCCCCGCUGCUCAUCCUCGCCAGCAUCACCUGCUGCUUCUGCAGGCGGAAGAGAAAGACCCACUACAGCUUUCAGAGCAGGCCUGAGAGCCACCUCGCCAUGGCAGGGACGAGCAAUGCAACGGCGCCCGCGGAGCCCCACCACUAUGUCCCCUACGAGCUGCCGGCUGCCCCCUCUGAGACCGAGAAGAAAGUGCUCCUGGGGAAUCAGGUCCUGCUCCAGCCCUCUGCAGCCCUGCUGGAGAGCAGCAAGGACCUCUAUGAGGAGGUGGAGAUUCAGGUGGGAUCCUCCAGCAGUUCUUUGGUGCUGCCCAAUGCAGGGCAGCCAGGCACGGGACCGGGCAUGGAGCAGGACACCUUAGCACCACCAAAGGCAGAGGAGCUGGUGGGCAGUGAGGCAGAAGCGGAAACUGUGAGCGUAAGCGAUGUCCUGAAGGACUCAGCUGACCGGGAGAAGAUGUACAUGAGCCAGUCAACGAACUAUUACAACCUGGUGCCUGGCAUCGAGCUGGAGGACUCAGACAACCUGGAGUAUGAGAACAUCGACCUGCACUGAAAUUUGGCCGGGACUCAGGGCUGCGUCUCGGACGCCCUGGGAGGAUGGAUGGCAGGGGACUAGGAUGUGCCUCUGGGCUGGCAGCGAAACCCAGCAGAGCGGGAGAGGCGCGAGCUUUCCUGCGUUGGCUUGCGCCAGCUGUUCACAAAGCUGCACCCCCAAAUUCCCCUCCCCUGCCCCGCGCUGCCGCCUGCAGCCCUCGCGUGCUGUGCCAGUGGCCUGCCAGUGCUGCAGCCAGGCAGGGGUGCCGAGGGGCCCUUGGGCACUGGGGGCCACGGCACGCAGGCAGCGUUUGGGGAUGCCUGGGCUGCUGGUGCCUGAGGUGGGCUGUCUCAGCUCGUUUUUGGGACUGGGCGACAAAAUUGUGUGCUAGACCUACUGACUGUGGCCAUGCUCUCUUUCUGGGGCCAGGCCACUGCCGUCUGGGCUCAAUGGCAUCCUGCACGGACCCCCUGCUUGCCAGCCCCCACAUAACGGGGGCUGUGGGCCCACAACGGGGUUGGCUCUGCUUCUGCCCUCAUGAGCUGCACCAAGGCUGCAGGGUCGUGUGCGGGCAAGGUGUCCUGGGCCUGGCAGGGGCUUGUGAGAUGCACGGGCACGGAGGAGGGUCCCUCGCAGCCUUCCCUGCCUGACCCACCGCCAAACCCCGCUGGUGCCGGCUGUCAAUAAGAAAUAAACCGUUUUG